CUUUCCCUUAGCCCCUGUAGGGGUCUGGCCCCUCUCUAUUCUGAACUACCUCUGUAUUGCUCCCUACUUAUCCAGGUGGAAUGAGUCUGAGACCAGCAGAUGAGCAGACAGAAGCCUAAAGACUCCAGGAACGGCUCUACCUUCCUGUCCCCUGGUCCUUCUGUGUCACUCGUCCCUUCCUGCAGUGACAUCGUGCCUGGCUGCAAGCUGUCUGGAGACAAGAAUGAGCGAGAGGACCACGAGCAACUGGAACCCAGGCAGCUGGGUGCUAGCACUGUGCCUGGCCUGGCUGUGGACACGUCUGGCCUCUGCUUCCUUGCAGCCUCCAACAGCCACAGUCCUAGUAAAGCAGGGCACCUGUGAAGUGAUUGCUGCGCAUCGCUGCUGCAACCGGAAUCGCAUCGAGGAGCGCUCCCAGACCGUCAAGUGCUCCUGCCUUUCCGGCCAGGUGGCUGGCACUACAAGGGCAAAGCCCUCCUGCGUGGAUGCCUCCAUCGUCCUGCAGAAGUGGUGGUGUCAGAUGGAGCCCUGCCUGCGGGGGGAGGAGUGUAAGGUGCUCCCGGACCUGUCGGGGUGGAGCUGCAGCAGUGGACACAAGGUCAAAACCACCAAGGUCACACGAUAACUCUCAGGGGGUGUGGCUUAGGCAGGACAGCCUUGCCUGAGCUCUGAAGAAUGGCUUCUGCUCACCAGCCAGCAGAUAUGAAGACUCACUUACCUUACAUGUAGUCCCAUGUGCCCCAUGUCAAAUGCAACAUCAGACUUGCCAGGGCCCUGUUAGUCACACUGCUUAGCAGAAAUGCUUAGAUCUUCAGCCACAUACUUAGAGACCUGUGAUCUCCUACAAACAAAGGUCACACAUAAUCCUGUCCUUAAGGAAUAUCUUGUCAAGCUAGGGAGUGGAUGACAGACAA